AUGGGCUCCCCGCUGCGCGCCGAGAGUCCCUCCUUUCGGAGCGGCGAACUCCUGGGGCCAGCAGCGGCAGCAGCAACAACAGUGCUGGGUUCAGCCACGGAGGGGCUCGGCGACACCGCGGCGCGGAGUGGAAGGAAGCGGCACAACGUGGUGGUGUUCCCGUACUUUCGUGACCGUCUCGCCUGCGACCCGCAGAAUUUCUUUUGCGUGCACGCCGACUACGAGUUCAAGUGGUGUGACACCGCAAAGGAGGCGGAACGCGGCGUGUGUGUACUUAUUGACGCGAUGGUGGCCGCUGUCCGCCGCGCAUUUAAAGAUGCGCUCGAAUACUGGCAGAAGCUUCCUGCCUCAUUGCAAAGGGCGCACGCCCUGCGCGCUGUCACGGCGUUGCCGCUGACGCCGCUGAGUAAUACGCUUCUGCACGCACAGGCGAGCACAUACAUGGAGGGCGGAGGUCGACAGACCAUGCGCAAGAGUAUUGAUGCGUUCUCGCCCCUUACUAGCAGCGGGAGUCCACGCGCCAGACGCAGCAGUAGUGGCAGUGGUGGGCGCAACACACACGCGACGGCGUCGCUGGGACGUGCCGCUGGCUCUCGUGAGCAGCGGGAAGAGGAUGCAGUCUUUGCUAACCUUUUGCAGCAGUGGGAGCCGGCAUAUAACAAGCCAAGGUGUCGCAUUGUGCUGGACAUCAUUGCCUCGCGUAAAACGCUCGGUGACGACCCACCCCACAGUGAACCAUAUCAACUGGGCCAGAAGGCGUUUCGAUUCGCGCAGACAAAGUAUGCCGCUGAGGUGGCUGCAAUGUUCGUGGGUAUCAGUGACAGCAGCGUCACACUCGUCGGCAGGGACAUCCUUUACCCGUACCGCGUGACUGGCGGUGGGCCCAAAACACCUGGCGGUAACCGCGCCACCGUACGACUAACUGGAGGAGGUGCUGCAGCAGCAGCUGCGGCACUCGCCUCCUCCGACACUUUGAAUUCUGCCAUAACAGGCAGUACAGCAGCGCUGCUGUCAAGUCUCGAGCAGGUUCUGGCGAGCACGAUCCCCCUACCGCGGGUGGUGGCGUUACCGCCUGCAAACACAGACAAGGUAGACAACGUGAGGCUUCUCGUGUGUUUCCCUUCUUGCGACGCCGUGAAGGACGCGGUUUGA